CUGCACAAUGAAUAGCAGCUGAGCAAGGCCACAUGCAACUUUCUUGGGCACACCUAGCUACCUGCUUUAUAUUCACAUAAACCCCUCUCCCCUUGCAGCUCCUACAACAACACAAACCCAUCAUCACCUUCCUCCUCUCCUCUUCUUCUCCUUCCAUCUCCUUCCAAGAACCAAUCGAGCAAGCAAGGGAAGCUAGCUAUUUCUUGUUCCUCGCGUGGGGGACACCAAUGCAUGCCCCGAGGAAGUUCAGGAAGGCCUUCAUGGCGCAGCUCCUGGUGAGCCUGCGGGCGGCCGGCCAGGCGUCCAAGUCCAUGGGCCUCCGGGAGCGCCGCGACGCCGUGCGGCUCUCCUCCGACGUGGCCAUGGCGCUGGCGUCCGCCCGCGCGGCGCCGCGCUCGUGGGCGCGCGCCCUCGUCGCCAGGCACGCGGCGGAGCGGCGCAACGAGGCGCUCAUGCGCCGCAUCAUGGGCGGCGCCGGCUACGAGAUGGCCGCGGCCGCGGCCGCGGCGAGGAGCAGGAAGGAGGCGCGGAGCAGGAGGAUCGUGCGGAGGUCGCGCCGGGUGUGCAGCGGCAGCGCCGGGAGGAAGAGGAGGGGCUUGCUCGCGGCGGCGGCGAGCGGCGGGGCCGGGAGAUGCAGCGCAAUGGCGGCGGCCAGGAGGAUGGUGACGGCGAGGCUGCAGGUUCUGAAGAGCCUCGUGCCGGGAGGGGAGGCGCUGCGUGGCCUCUCCCUGCUGAGCGAGACGCUGGACUACGUCGUGUGCCUGAAGACACAGGUGGAGCUCAUGCAAUGCCUGUGCAGAGGAUCCCGUCCCAAGCUGGGUUGAUGAGGCCAGUGAUCUCAUCUCAGGUAUGUAGUAGUCUUCCUCCUACCUACUACCUACCUCGGCGGCCAUGGUGGGCCCGCGACGUAGCUCCGCGGCGGCCGCCACCACGCCUCCCUCCUCGGCCAGAUCCACGCGGGGCCAUGGCCAGCAGCUCGCGCUCGCCUCCAGCGCCGGCCGCGGUGGAGGAGGCCCUCGCGGCAGCGGCGUGCGACGGCCGGCUCCUACCUCCUCUGCUCCUCCGCCUCCCCUUCUCCUCCAUCCGCCUCCACUCGCUGUCAUCUCCUCCGGCCAGGCGGGCGCGGUGUGCCGGCGGGAUCUGGCGCGGCGGGCUCCGGCAGGCGCGAGCUCCGGCCAGGCGCGGGCUCCGGCCAGGUGCGAGCUCCGGCCGGCGCGGGCUCCGGCCAGGGCGGGCGUGGAGGGCGACGGCGCCGGACGAGCGCACGGCGGCGCAGAAGAGAAGCCAGAAGAAGAUUUCGGUGUUUCGCUGACAACUAGGCCCCAUCAAUCAGUGCGAAAAUAGGAGCUUUGUUCAACUAGUUCGGCUGGAAUUGGUGUCAAAUUUUUCUCUCUAAAAUUUACAAGCCAGCUCCCAAAAAAGAAAAUAGAAGCUCAUUUUGGGAGCUGCGGCUGGAGAUAAGUGCUUGUAUGGUGUGUGAUCUAGUUUAACUUAUAUGUUGGGUAAACAUAUAUGUAAUUUCUUGAUUCCUUUAUUCAUUUUUAGGAUUGGCGUACCUGAAAAUUUUCGAGCUAUUCAGGAUUUUUAUUUGGAGUUGAAUUUAACUGAGAGUUACUAAUAA